GGGGAGGAAGAAAGAGGAGGAGGAAAUGACGCACAGGAAGUGUCCCUUUUCCCCUUGCAGCAGGGGGAAGGUAUCAAAACCCUCCCCCCCAAGAUGGCGGCGGUGACGGAGGAGUGGAUGGCGGAGGAAGGAGGCGGUGGCAGCUGCGGCGGCGGCUCUUCCCUGGCCGCAGGGGCGUCCCAGCGACUGUCGCCGCUGCCCCCGCCGCAGCCAGCGCUUCUGGGACCCCAGUCGCCGGCCUCUCCGUCUCUGGCCUUGGACCAGUUGCCUCACAACAACACGCUGGUGGCGCUGCCCAUCGUGGCCAUCGAGAACAUCCUCAGCUUCAUGUCCUACGACGAGAUCAGCCAGCUCCGCCUGGUUUGUAAGCGAAUGGACUUAGUCUGCCAGAGAAUGUUGAAUCAGGGAUUUCUGAAAGUGGAAAGAUAUCACAACCUGUGUCAAAAACAAGUUAAAGCACAGCUUCCAAGGAGAGAGUCAGAAAGGAGAAAUCAUUCAUUAGCUCGUCAUGCGGACAUCCUUGCUGCUGUAGAAACAAGGCUCUCACUGUUGAAUAUGACUUUCAUGAAGUAUGUGGAUUCCAAUCUCUGUUGCUUCAUUCCCGGAAAGGUAAUUGAUGAAAUUUAUCGUGUGCUGAGAUAUGUAAAUUCUACCAGAGCUCCACAACGGGCUCAUGAAGUCCUCCAAGAGUUAAGGGACAUUUCCUCCAUGGCAAUGGAAUACUUUGAUGAGAAGAUUGUUCCAAUUCUAAAGAAGAAGUUACCAGGAUCAGAUGUGUCUGGGCGACUCAUAGGCUCUCCUCCAGUUCCAGGACCUUCUGCAGCCCUAACAACAAUGCAGCUCUUCUCCAAACAAAAUCCUUCAAGACAAGAGGUCACUAAACUUCAGCAGCAAGUGAAAACAAAUGGUGCUGGUGUGACUGUACUCCGGCGUGAAAUUUCUGAGCUUCGCACUAAAGUGCAAGAACAACAGAAACAGCUUCAAGACCAGGACCAGAAACUGCUAGAGCAAACCCAAAUCAUAGGGGAACAGAAUGCUCGCUUGGCAGAACUGGAGCGAAAGCUUCGAGAAGUCAUGGAAAGUGCAGUAGGAAAUUCCUCAGGGUCCGGGCCAAAUGAGGAGUCUCCUCGGAAACGGAGAAAGGCAGUGGAAGCCAUAGACUCGCUUAGGAAAUCUAAACGCCUUCGAAAUAGAAAAUAACUUGGAAUUCAGUUAUAGCUCCAAAAAAGCAUGGCUUAGCACCCAUGCAGUCAUGCUCACAUGGAUACUUUGAUUUAGCAGCAUGGUGUCCUUUAGGCUGCUCGGUCUUCAGAACACAACUUAGACUUUGACAUUUAUUCAUUGUUGGGACAUUUUUCCCCUUUCUGUCUGGGUGGACUGAUGCACAGGAUGUUUUUAAUUUGCAAUAGAUUUGUACUAACUAGACCCACUCUAUCAUGUUUUGAGGAGUUAACCCUUUUUUCUGUGCAGAUGAUGUGUUAAAGUAAAUUUAUUUGUGUUUCUGCAUAUAUGCACAUUAAAUAAGGAUCUUAAAUAAACCCUAUCUUGACAGACUAGAAAUUAAGUUUAAGUACAGAAAAUGUCCUGUUCACUUGAAAGAAAAGACCUACUUUUUAAAUGGACACUAUCUUGUAUAAAAAAAAAGUUGACUUUUUGUUACAAGUGACCUUUGUCUGGAAUGUCUGAAAAGUAGUUAAUGCUUUUUGGUAUUGAAGUAAUGGGUGAUUGAAAAGGACUUCUACAGUAUUGACUGCAGAAGAGACCUCUACAGUAUUGACUAUAUAUUUUUGUAGACUACUGGCAAGGGACUCAUCCAGCUAUUAUAUACACAGUUUCAAUUCUCUGUUGGAACCAGGUCCUACAUUUGCAUGGAUAGCUGCAUGCACUGCCUCUUCAGCUCACUCAAGAGCACUUGCACUGGUACUGACCUUGAACCUCUAGAUUUUCCCAUUGAUAAGGAACAAAGCUAAGUCCUUGCUUCCCUAGUUAACAUCCACCUUCGUUAUGGCAGGCAGAGGUGAGCUUGAGCCUUUAAUGGGAAAAUGUACUCGUUCAUUGGACCUCCAUUUAUAUGGCGGUUGAACAGAACCCAUGCCUGUUGCAUUAUCCAUUCCCUGGAGAGUUCAGGUACUCUAGCUAAAGCAGAAACCCAACGUUCAAGACUCUUUUCUGUAUAUGUAGGACCUCUGGUUACUAGUACUGUCUUAUUACACUACUGUGUCAGCCCAUAAGUCAAAAUGUGAUGACUGAGUAGUGGACACUGCUUAUCUGUAUAACUCUUUCUUUCAUCAAUGAGGCAAAGUCCAUUCAAGAAAAUGGUUGUAUGAUGAAAAGACAUUUACAUCAUUUCAUUGGGGGAGGGGAGAAUAGCCAGGGAAAGCUUUUUAAUACUAAUAACUGUAUUCAAGCUUUCCUUAUCCUAAAACUUUAAACAAAAGCUUUAAUUUCUUUUGCACUCCUGUUUUAAACUUGUAACUGGAAAAGCAUGUCUUGCACUGUUCAAUCUUCUGAUUGGUCACUUUAACAACCUCUUAAGUUGUUGUAUACAGUGAUUAUUUUUCCCAGUUGUAUAUUUUUGAAACAUUAUACAGAUAAUCACUGUCCUUGUUUUAUUUUUUAAUGUACUGUAUAGCUAUCAUUUGACUGUUAAAAAUUAUUUUAAGCAACUGUUGCCUUGGGCUUCAGUGAAAUUAAAAUACAUUUAGAUAUAGCAUGGAAAAAUAUCUAUUUCCUUGUGGAAGUUUGACAUCUAAAUUAAGUCUCAGAUAUGGGUAAGAAUCUUAGUUUAAUAAAGCACAAGGUUACCACCUUUUGCAUCCGUCCAAUUUAAUGAAGUUAUACUUCUUAGUAAUUAACCCAACAAAAGUCAAUUUUUCCUAUCCAUUCAUAAUUGCCCUUAAAUUUAUAUUGAUAGUAUCUAACUUGGACAGUCCAUUUACAAUCUAUGUCUUAAGUAAGGAAUUUUAAUAGCUAAGCUCCUCCUGACUUGUUUUGGGAAGAGAUAAACUAGUGAUUUCCAGAAAACAUAUUUAUUAACACAGGUAAAAAAGUGCCAGGUUGGAAUUCAUCUCAGCUAGUUCCCUUUUUGUUACCAAAUUAUCUAUAAUGUCAUAGCUGGGGUGGAGGCCUGAUAGAAUACUUUAUGGCCUUUACUAAAGACUGCUUUUCUAGAAUUCAGGAGACUUUGUUUUCAGUGACAGAGUAUGUUAUCAUGUCAUCAGUUAUGAUGAUUAUGCAUUUAACAGUCAGUUUAAUAUUAAGAUGAAUACUUUUUAACAGGUCUUAAUGAAUUACAAAAAGCCUAUACUCCUGGGAAAGGUUUGUUUAGUACACUAUCCACUUAAGACUUCACUCUGAUUUCAUUUUUAUUUUUUUUAACUCACCUCCAUUCUGACCUUCCUUUCUUAUGUUUCUAUAUAAUAUCCUGAGUAUCCAGGCUGUUUGACCGUUAUGGUCUCCUAUUAGUAGAUACAAAUAGGUGGUUUUCAUGAUAAGCAAUCAGCACAUUAGAAAAUAAUUGGUGAGCAGCAAAACCCAAUUUCCAACAUUAAGCACAUUAAAACUAGAUCAAAUCAGUUUAUCAUUUACAAAGUACUCUUCCAUAGUGUUUCCAGCAUAUUACAGAAGUGUUCUUUAAUAACAAGAGCAAAUAGGACAUACUUCAAUUCUAAGGAAACAAGCUCUUGUUUGCUGUUUGUAAUCUUUUGUUCAAUGUUACUUGUUUUGAACGAAAAGUCUUGCUAUUAAAAAGAAUUUUAAAUUGUUUUCCUCAUAUAUUGAGAUUUUGGACAUCUGAAUUUAGCACAUUCUGAAAUUGCAUUUUUUUAAUAGUAGAUUUUCACUUAAGGGAGAAAGGAAGGGGAUAGGUACUGUAGACACUAUCACUCAUUUUUUAAUUGCAAAAAGUCUAGGAAACUGAAAAAACAAGAUAGGAGAUUUUUAUUUAAGUUUCUGGGAGAUACUUAUUUCUUUGAUCCACUAAAAGUUGAUGAUACAUAUACAGUAAUUUCAAAAAGCUAUCAUAUUGUCCAGGAUUGUCAUUAACUUGAAUGGUAAACAGUAUGAUGUAAGUAUGUGGUACUAUCAAAUCACUUGACAAAAUAAAUAAGUUUGUACUACAGUAUCCCAACUGUCUUCCGGAGCCUUUUCCAGGAGAGCUUGCUUCUCCUAGAAUUUACUUUGUUUUCAUGGACCACACUCACUAGAAGAUCAUUAUGCUAGAACAGAUUUUGAUCUAUAAUAUGAAAAAGGCACUUACAAGGAAUUUAGGAUUUUUCAACCCUAGGAUCUUUUCUUUCUGGCCUUUGUGUUUUGCUAUGUGAACAUUAUUUAUUUCUUUAUAUGGUAGUUUACUAAUUGUACAUUAUGAAAUCUACCCGCAUUAUUUUUUUCAAGCUCCUGGUUGGGACAGGCAGUGUGAUUUAGUGGGAAAAGGUACUGGAUUUGGAGUUAGAGCACCUAGUUUCAAAUCCUGACUACUACCUAUGUUACCUUGGGCAAGUCACUUCACCUAGCCUCAGUUUCCUCAUCUGUAAAGUGAAGGAUUUUAACUAGAGAGUCUUUAAAAUCCUUUCCUGCUCUGAAGCCUGAGUUUUCUGUUGUGUUUGGUCACAACAGACAGAACAGACAUUUGAACAUAUUAAUCAUUUUGAAAGGAACCAUGUAGGAUUCCAUGAAACUUAACUUGAUAUAGCCACUGUUGGAGUGUCAGGAAGCAACUUUUUCUAUAAUCAAUGUUUGUUUGUUUGUUUUUUUAAUAGUACUGAACUUUUACAGAAGCUGGCCUUAAACUGCUUAGUAGCUCCAAAAGAGAUAAGCUUUUGAUCUAAAUAUUAAGAUGCUAAAGGAAAUAUUCUGUUUGGUCCCCAACAUGGGUAAGGUAAGGAAAGAAAGUAAUGCUUAAUUCCAGUGAGCUAAAAGAAAUGUUACAACUUAAUUAUUGAGUGAAAAUAGAUGAAUGGCACAUGGAAAGAUUGUAUAAUGUGCAUUAUAUCUGGAUAUGGAUCAUUAAGUCAUUGAUACUGUUUGCAUUAUUUAUGCCAUUUCACAACCUGCACUUUAAUCUCCAAAGAAACUAAAUGCACAAUAUGCUGGCCAAUUAAAUUAGUUUUUUGGAGGUGACUUCCUUUUUAAGUUUUUAUUCAAUAGCUAUAGUAAUUUCUGAGAAUACUUGUAUAUUGCCCUAUUUCAAACAGCAUGUAACUUUGUGGUGUUAGGAAAGUGAAAACAACAUAAAUCUAAUACUUAAUGCACAACAUAAUAUCUUUAUAUCCAGUUCUGUCUUUUCUUGAGUACCCUAUUUUCAGGCACCUUUAAUAAAUCAAUGCUAUAAAUAAUAGUUGAGGUUAGAAAUAAAAAGUUCCCUGCAAAGCAACUUUCUGAACAGGAAGAAUCUUAGAAGUCUGGUCACGUUAUAAAACUCCUUGAAAGUGGAAGCCAUCUGAAUUAGCUUCUAAUGAUAAAAAUGUGAUCAUUUAAAAUGCUUAUGAUAAAUAGGUUUUUUCAACUCUGACAAUUGUCUUCAUCAUUUUAGUCCAAUUUCCUCAACCAAGAAACCAUCAUUUUCUUGGAAAUCAAAAGGUGUAAUAAUGAAAAUUACCCUAUAAAAGCUGCAGAGCAACUGAUUGCCUAUUCUUGACUUUGAUUAAUAAAGGCUUUUAAUAAUAAUAGUAUUGAUAAAAUGAAUACAUUGGUGAUAAAAUUGCAGGCUGGAGCCAGGUUAUUUUGAUUGAUCAAUGUUGAUAUUGCCUCCACCUAUGCAGAAAGCAACCCCUCCAUGCCUUCUCAACCUGUGCAAUUCCUGUUAAUGUCUUUCCAGAAGUUCUCCAUAGAGGAUCUAUCCAUACAGUACACUGUAUGGCCUUCUUCUAGGGUUUUUUUUUUCCUUUUUUUUUUUUAAUAUCUUAUAAUCAAUGUAGCACUCAGGCUAUCCAUCUCUUGUCCUUCCAUCUUGCUACGUGACUAGCCCACAUUGUAUGUGUUGUCACCAAUGUUUUUUAUACUAUUUCUCAAGGGCAAGUCAUUAUUGACAAUAUGCUGCAACCUAAUUACUCUGUAUCUUACCAUUGCCCUUUAGUUUUUGUUAUAAGUUUGAUUCUAAUAAUUCUUUAGUGAUUUGCAGCCAUAUAAGCAUCAGUAGAAAUACUGAUGUUAAAAAUAUGGAUUUUGGCAACAUCAAACAGUUUGGGAUCUUUGAAAUUACUGCAUGAUUUCCCAAAUGUGAUCCAGCUGAGUCUUUUCUUCCUGCUCAAAUCUGGGCCAAGCUCAUUGUCUAGUCUUUUGAAAAUUGGCCUUUUACACCUCCUAAAUAUGUAAAAGUUCAUGUGUCCCAAAAGUUUGUAUUGAGUUCCUAAUGUAUGCUGAAUAUUAAAUCUGAACUUACCAGUCUUAAUCAGAAAGGACAUGUGAGAUAUUAGAAGUAUUAGUGUGUUCUUUAGGUUCUUUGACCUUAUGGAAUAUGUGGUCCUUAUUCAAAGUCAUACCAAAGGACAUUACUGGUCAUAAGAAUAUAAUAUUUUUAUGUGGUACCAUUUCUGUUUACCUAUGUCACAAUGAACUAGAGGUUUAGUUUCUGGCAUUUAAAUGUUUAUGACCUAAUGCAAUCAUUGGAAAAGUGAAAAACACCUCCCAGUCAUACAUCAGGGUACUUCAAUAAAUGUAUUAUUACCAGUUAUAGUUGUAUUUUUAUUUUGUGCAUAAAAGAAAAUGGAGAUAAACACCCUCCAAAUACCUUACUGUUAAAUUCUGCGACCUAAGAUGGGGUGGUGGGAGUGGGAACAGAUGGAAAAGAAAGGAAGUGGAUAAUAAAAAAAUAUUUAAAAGAUGAA